AAAUUCCCUCGGCAACCAAUUAGCAACAGCAACAACACACCGGAAGCGGAAGAAGUCGAAUGCCAUUAUCACAGAAGGGUUGCAGGAAGGAUCGAACCACUGGUGAAUGAUGUUUUGCGAUAAAAGACUGAAAAGAAUUCAUGGAGGUUACUAGAUUCCCUAGAGGCCCCAGCACUCUCUUUCAGAGUCAGGAUAUUAUUCCAGAGAUAUACUGAAAAUAAGCUGGAUGUGGCCCCUGCAAGCAGCACUGUUUUUAACACCACCAUGGACACCAAGAAAGCACCAAGCAGUGCAACUCGUAAAAUAAGCCGCAAAGAUGGACGAUAUCUGGAGGACCCUAAUACACAUGUUAGUAAAUCUGUACGUCGAAGCAAAACUAGUAGGGAAAAGUCUUCUCGCAGUCCCUUGCGUGCCACUACGCUGGAGAGUAAUAUAAAGAGUACAAGUCAUGUGGCAUUCAGAGAGCCCUUAGCUUCAUACAGGGAAGCUAGUACCUCUUCAACACCUAAUGAGAGGGAUAUUUUACAGCCAGCAUCUGGCCUUACUGCUGAUGGGCAAGAGGAAAGGGACUUUGAAAGCACACGGUCAUCAGCAGUGGCUGACACUAAUGUUCGAUAUCUAAAUGACCGGCCUGCAAUUGAUGCAUUGGAGUUGAGGUUAUAUGGGUCCCCCAGUGAACAUGGAAAUUCUGCUCUGCACACUUACAGAGGAGUUAGAACAUUUGAGACUCUUCAGCCAAAUAUGUCAUUCAACUCCUCUAACAAUAGACUAGAAACUUUAAAGAGGCGGCAACCAGAUGCUAAACUUGAGAAGCUGAAAGAGCGGAUACGACGUCAGUGGGAGCUUGCUGGAGAGAAGGACGUUAGAGAGGGAUUGCAUUCUUCAGUUCAUUACUCUGAUCCCACUGCUAAUGCAAAGACUCGCAAAGUUACAUCUGCACCACCACCACCUGUUUACAGAGGUUUCAACCCACCAGACACAAAAAUUUGUACUUUAGAUGGUAAACUUUGCAAGGAAGAGGAUGCCCUCAGUUCACAGCUGUAUGGAACCCUUCAGCCUCCCUCCAGAGAGGGAGUCUCUACAACUGAGAAGUCUCCGAUGAAGAAGACCUCCAGACCAGUGCGGAAAGUUCAGAGAUUAGUUGGUGGAGGGAGCACAGGGAUCACCGAAAGUAAACCAGUUAAAGGAAGCAUCAUAAGUACGUCUUCAUGGAGAGAUGGCCAGAAGUUAGUAAAACAGCUCUUGGGCCCAACACCCAAGAUUGACAAGGAACUCAAAGCUCUGUCUGAUGACAAACAUACCCUUAAGGCAACACCUUCAUUUGAUGGACCAAUAAAUAAGAGGCAAGGCUCCCAUGAGAAAGAUGCGGGCAAGAGGCCUGUGUCCAGUGAGAGGCAAAUAAAGGAGAUUGCAAAAUCCAGGGAUAAACAAAUUGGCAAACAAUCUUCAUCCAGGGAGAAACAGACAGAAAAUGAAGACUUGUCCAGUAAAUCAGCCAGUUCUGUGGGUUAUUCUGAAGCAGUUAAGCAAAUUGAUAAAUACAGGGACCCAGCUCCUACCACAACUUCCCAGAAUGAUAACAUCACAAGUUCUCGUGCAACUCUGGAUAACAAUAAUAAGUAUCAAACGGAACCUGCAGAAUUGAAGAAAGACUUCCUGCCCUUGGAGAUCAGAGGCAUUCUGGAUGACUUGCAGCUCGACGGUGGUAUUGAAGGGAAAAAGCAGACAAGAGGCAGAAGCCAAAGUCCUACCAAAAGAAAACCUGGAAAAUCACAUGCCCCCCAAGAACCCCACAUCUCCUCUAAAAGGAGGCACUAUGAUACAGAGCAAGUACGCCAAUACAUUCUGCGUCAGCAGGAAGAGAGAAAAAAAAAGCAGAAUGACGAGAAGGAAGCACAGAAGCUAGCCGAGGAGCAAAAGAACAAACGUUUGCAGGAGCUCUAUCAGAAACAGAAAGAGGCUUUUAGCAAAGCAAAGGGAUGUAAUACUGGGCAGCAUGUUCAUGAGAGAGAAUUACAGGAUUCCAUUUAUAGCCACAAGAUAGAUCCCAAGAUACAUCAGCCUCCUGAAAAUGCCCCAAGAUUGAUGCUAAAGCAUGCCUGGCCUGAUCUAUCUGCACAAGAAAAGCAGCCCAGUGUUUUAUAUCAGCCAUCUGGGGAGUCUGACAAAGAGAACAAGGGUCAAGAGAGACCCACAAGUGCCUCUUCAGGAAGUGAUCUUUCUCUCUCUGAGCCUCUGCAACCGCUUCUUAGGAGUGACCUGGUGGACACAUACCAUCCAAUUUUAAAUAGCAUAUCCUCAAAAGGUUCACUACCUUCAAGUCUGAAUCCGACACAAGGAGGUGAAUUAAUUCUUUCUCGCUUCCUUACUAUUCCCAAAGACUUAGAGUGUUUGCUGAGCUCUAGUAAAAGUACUGCAAAUCCAGAAAUCAACAAAACCUACUUGCAAAGAAAACCGCCCACUAAUUUCCGGAGCAACUUGGAUCGCAUUGAGUCUCUAAAGGCCACAGCUGUGUCUCUGUCCUCAAGAAUUGAGAGUGAGGCUAAAAAAUUAGCUGGUGGUUCUCUAGCCUUUCCGCCAACUUGGAGCUCUGAAGGUGAUCAUAUGCAUGGUAAUACAGCUGUUUGGAAAAAACCUGAUAGCCCACCUGAGAGAGAUGGUGGGGAUGAUAUUUUUUCAGCUAGAAUACAGAAGAUGAUUGGCACUUGUGAAAGUCACUUUUCCCAGAAGGACCUUCCUGGAGCUAACAACCUUUACAAACAACUUCCAGAUGGAUUUAUUUCAAAUGCAACAAUCACAAAUGGGGGACGUGAGGUCAUAAAUGACAGAAGGGCAUCCCCAGGAAGAGAUGAAAGUUCUAAGAGGCCUACUGACGAUUCCAGUAAAACCAGUCCCCUGCAAAACUCUAGCACCAGUUCUAUUAGCGAGGGACCAUUAUUGAGUGAAGGGAGCAUGUCUGAGGGUGAAGGGAACCCUAGGUGUCGGUCACCAAUUUUCUCAAAUGAAUUAUUAAGAACAAAAGCAUUUUGCAUCAUGGACCAAGGAUCAAGAAGCAAAUCCUUUGAGCCACUUGAUGAAUUUAAGAGAGAAGCAGAGAAAUAUGAGCCAUUGGUGACAUCUAGCACCAAAGGUCCCUGGGAAGAGCUUGCAAAAGGAAGCCCAAACAGUGUUAUUAACAUCUUUACCAAGUCAUGCCAACUUUAUAGCAAAGAAAUGGAAGGAAGAUUGGAGCAAAAUUCACCAGUGCUUAAACCUCAGUUUAUAUCAUCCAGCCCCCAAAACAGUGUCUCCUAUGCAGAUGAUUUUAGUUCAUGCCAAGUCAGUCAAACUCCAAGUGGCACUCAGAUGGCUCGGCAGCAGAGCCUGGACACCAGUGCUUCCAGUGUCAAUGAAGAACUUCCCAUAGUCAGGUCUAGAAAUGAGGGUUCAUCAUCCAGUUCCUCGAGAGCGAGAUCUGCAUCCUCUUCUGCAUCAUACUCAUCUCAGGAAGGAAGCAAACUGAGAAAAUCUUUUCAGAACGAUAGCAUUCACCUUCCCCCAGAAGACGAAAGCUCAUCAUGCUCUAAACAUAAAAACCUUGGGAGCAAACAUACACCUCUUUCACCCAGGAGGGAGCGGUCAGAGGGUACUGACACUGAUAGCACAAUUGGAGAUCUUUCCUCACGUUCUGUAACAAGCUUAUUGUCUGAAUCAGGAAGAGAUGUAAAAAGUCAUCACACAAAUUUCACAGAAAUCGGAGUGCAAAUUCCAGCACCGCCAACUGCUGCAACUACUGGAGGCUCCGUAACACAGCCAUCAGAUUUAGUGUCUGGCUCUGGGCAAGGGUCCAUACACUAUUCACCUAUGGUGCUACAGCAGCGCAUGUCCGCAGAGCUGAACUAUCUUAGUGCUAUGGAGGAGUCAGUGCGACAGCUGUGUGAUGUGGAACGUGUCCGUGGAAUUUCACUUGCUCAACAGGAAACUGUGUCAUUAGCACAGAUCCUUAAGGCUCAGCAGCAACGCCACGAGCAGAACAUGGCUGCUCUGAGACAACAAGCGGAGCAGGAAGCCCAAGCAAGCUUAAGGCAACUGGAAGAAGCACGUCAGAAAGCUGCACAGGCACAAGCUGAAAUUCUACAGCGGUUUCAGAAGACACUGGAUACAUCCACUCCGCUGAAAAAAGAUCAGGUGCUGGAGGAAUUAGAUCACAGUUACUUUUCUCCAUCCAGUUCUGAUCGAACAAUAAAUUCACAAGAUGAUCAACAGAACCAGCAGCACUCCCUUGGAAUUUGGAAAAAAGGAUUAAACUCCUUGUCUGCAUCUCCUCAACCUACCAGCAGUGCUUCAAGUAUUAAAGAGCAUCUGCAAAGCAGUAGCGGUCAUGAGAGUCCACCCACCUCAUCUGUCACAGAAGCAACCAGAAGUCAAAGUAACAUUGAGGAAAGCAUUGUCGAGGAACUUGCAACACCUGGGAAUAACAGUUUACAAGAAAGUAGCAUUGCAACAAUACAUGAAAAAGAUUCACAGUCUGUGGUCUCUGUUCAUGAAGAAGGCAUGGAAGAACAAUCAUUCCGUACUUUGCUGCCAUCAGAGGCUCACCGCCGAGGAAGCCUGGAAAGACAGCGCAGCCAAAGGCAUGAAUCUGAUGAGGAGAGCACACCUGAAAAGGAACUAAGUGGACCUUUUGCAAGUGGGCAGGAUAGUUUCUGGAAAUUCACUAUGGAGAUGGUGCGUCAAUACAUGCAGGAAGGGGAAAUGCGUUCAACACACCAGUCUGCCCUUCUUCGUUUGCGCCAAAAAGCCCUUAAGGAUAAAACUAAGGCAGAGCUUGCAUGGCUGGAACAUCUAAAGAGACGGUUGCGUGAUAAAGGAGAGGAUGAUAAGAUGCCACCUUUGAGGAAACGCCAGCGAGGCCUGUUGUUGAGGUUACAGCAAGAGCAGGCUGAAAUUAAGCGUCUCCAGGAAGCAAAUAAAGCAGCUCGUAGAGAAAGACAGCUUAUCCUUAAACAACAAGAGGAAAUCCAGCGUAUUCAGAAUAGCACCUUGAGGCUGCAGGAAAAGCUGAAAUCUGCAGAGAUCGGGGAGAUUCCCCGGGAAGUGGAAAUCCAGCCGAGUUCUGCAUCCAGCCAUAUUGCCUCUGAUGCAGAUAGCCGCAGCCCAUCACCUGUAUCUGUAUCUGGAAGUGAAACGAGCAGCAUUAUGCAGAAACUACGCAAGAUGCAUAGUCACAUGGAUGCCAAAUUCCUAACCAAAAGGGAGCAACAGCUGGUACAGAGGAGGUUACAUGCACAGGAGUUACUGGAGUGGAAACGGAGGCUUGAUGAGGAGGAACUUGAAAUUAGGCUUAUAGAAAAGCAGGCCUUAGCUGCAUGGGAUAACCAGAAAGUGAACACGAGAAGUAUCUCAGAUGCGAGAGAAGCAAUGGUAGAAGAAAAAAAUGAAAAAGAAGCCUCUUCAGUCCCAUCAAGUCCUUCAUUGCAAACAAACACCUCCGGGAGCCUCCCACCAGAGUAUGUAGCUUCUGAGCUCAGCGAGUCCACCAUCAGUGAGAAAAUCCUUGAACAGAGUGAAGAGCACAGCAGCAUCUCUGAGGAACUGCCCCCAUCUACACAUAGCAAAGGGUCUCCCCUUCAAAGUAACAAAUCUCUAAGAGGUGGAGAAUCAAGCAGGGAUAGUGUUGCUGGGCAGCACACACAUACGCCACUGAGACCACAUCACACAUCUCAUACGUGGUCUGAAGAGUCAUUAUCCAUAACACAUUCAGAGACCACAUCUGACCAGAGUGAUAUUGAAUGUCGUAUUCGAGCACUAAAGGAUGAGUUGAAAAAACGCAAGUCAGUAGUGGAUAGCUUGAAAAGAGAACAGAAGAAAAGGCAGAAAGAAAGACUUCGAGCACAGGAAGCCAUCCUACUUCAGCAACUGAAGUCGUAUGAUGAAUACAUCCUAAAGACACAAGCUGAACUCAGCGGAGAACAUGGAACAGCAUCUGUGUUAAAACCUGCCCCCAAGAAUGCUUUGGCUUCCACUGGGACAAAUCUUAUAAAAUCAGACUUAAGUAACAGGUUUAUUGACACACCCACAAGUAAGACGGUGAGCUUGAAUGAGAAGCACGUGGACUUCACUACUGAUGGAAGUGUCAGCCAAGAAAUAUCUUCUGCCAGCAAUAAGGAGGUUUCAAAAAAGAGUAUUUUUGAGCAGCCCUCUGUUACUCUAUCUUCUAAAGAUAAUGCAACUUCCACCAUCCGAUCCCGUCCACUGUCUCCCCCGUUUAGGGAUCCCUUACUUACAGCAACUCCUGACAGUCCAGCAUCCAGUAUCCACUCGGAGAUCCCUGAAGAGAUGAUAGAAAGUCACCUGUCUGCAUCACCUGCUCCUGCUGCUUUAAACCUUGACCUUAGGAGCCCAACACCAGACGAAACAGCGUAUCUUAGUAAAGAUCACUCCUAUUCUGAUGAUUUUGACACUUCUGCUCCUUUUAGGCAUUCAGUGUCUGAAACUCCUCGUGAGGAGUUGGUGUCUUACGCAACUACUCCUGGUAGAGAACUUCCCAGUGAAAGUAUACCUGAUGAGGAGGAGGAGCAUAGUGAAUUCAGGCCAGCAAGUCCCCAUGUUGUAGAGUCUUUAACAAUAAACCCACCUUCACAGGAUACCUUGCUUUCCAGUGAAAUUACUGAUCCCCUUACUCACCUUUUUUUGGGAGAUCGUGUUCUAGUGAGUGGAGUCCAACCAGGUACCUUACGUUUCAAAGGGACAACUCACUUUGCAGAUGGUCUGUGGGCAGGUAUAGAGCUUGAUAUGCCAGAAGGCAAUAAUGAUGGAUCUCAUGGAGGUUCACGCUAUUUUAACUGUAAACACCAGUAUGGUAUAUUUGCCCCUCCACACAAAAUCACUUUGUUACCACAGGAAAAGCAAAUCCAACUUCAUAAAGAAGAGUACAGUGAUGAAGUGUCUCUUGACCAUAAAAAUGAGACUGAUGUUUAUCUAUCUGAGCCAAAAUCUGAACAGGAGACAACUCUGGAAGUCACAGAACCUCUAAAUGAAUCACAAAACAAAACUGAUCAAAAUCAGUUUCUUAGCAGUAAUUUAAACCUUGACAUAACUACAGAAACUCCUCAUGUCAAGGAGGAAAAGAAAGAGCCCAACAUACCUCUAGUAGACUUAGUAAUCAAUGAUGAACAGAAGCCAGAUGCCUUUAUGGAGCAAGCACCGAAUCUUAACAUACUUUCCGAAAGUCUUCUGCAGUAUUGCCUAAAGGAUACAAUUAGCUACCUCCAAAAUUUGCGCAAGCAACGGGAAGAAAAGAUUCAGCAAAACAAUCAAGAGCUGCAGAAUUCUCCCACAACCUGCAGCCUUUACCUUAAGAACAAAGAAGCACCAAAUGAUGAUAUACAGCCACAUCUGGAUCUGGCAGGGAUUGAGCCAAGCUGUAGCCUCCUUUCUGCCUUCACAGAGGAGCCUGACUGGUUUGAUGAGGAUUUUGGACUUAGUACCUGCAGAGCCCAGCAGCGAGAGAUAAAGCAGGCUUUGCUAGUCGAGCCUACUCCGGAGCCUUGUUUAUUAGUACCAGAGCCCAUACCCAAGCCCUUACUUCCAAUACUGCAACCAGAACCUUUCUUGGCAGUGCCCCACACUGCAGUGAAAGUGGAACAGCUUGUGUGUGUGGCUACAGAUGAGCUCUGGAAAUGGAAAAAACUAAAUGGAGAUCUUCAGGAGAUCCGGACAACAUAUGCACAAGAUGGGGAUGAAGAACAAAGCCCAGCCAGAUGUGCUUACAAGACAGUAGUAUUUGAUCUAACACAUCAAAUAUUUGAGGAGAUAUGCUGUUCAGAUCAAAUAGAGAUGGAGCCUCCUUGGAAGAAGCCUUCCAGAGUGUCUCCAACAUAUGCCCGUCGAGUAAGAGAUCCGCACAACCUAGAGGAAAUAAAGUCUAUCCUUAUUGAUGAAGUUCUCAGUCUCCUGAGUCUCAAGAAAGAACAAAACCACAAAACGGACUGGCAGAGAAUGAUGAAGUUUGGAAGAAAGAAGAGAGACAGAGUAGAUCAGAUUCUGGUAAAAGAACUGCAUGAGGAGGAAGCACAGUGGGUAAAUUAUGAUGAGGAUGAACUGUUUGUGAAGAUGCAGUUGGCUGAUGGGAUUUUUGAGGCCUUAAUUCGGGACACAGUGCAUGUUCUGCAAAGCAUCCAGCAAAAAAAGAACCUCCUAAUGCUGGUUUGACAAACUACCAUACCUCUCAUGGUCUUCACCGUGCGUGACUUGUGAACAUAAGGGCUCUAUCCAUAAGGAGCAAAAAGACGGAGACGUGUGCGUAAAAACAAAACUUUUUCACCCUGGAAGAAAAAGUGAUGGAAGAAAAAGAUAAUAGGUUCCCAGUUUACAUGACUUGUGAACUAGACACUUUGGUCCCUUAUUUUGUAAAUGUUAGAUUGUCCUGCUUUAAAUUAUUUACAUAUCAUGAAUUGUUUUCAGGCAGAUCUGUUCAAUUCAAGGAAGGGGAAUCCUGAAUUUCCAUGCAGUUUCUUGUUGCCUUUAUCAAGGCCAAACUGUAGGAAGUUUAAAAGGUGUGUGAGGCUUACAAGGGAUAUAAAUUAGCAUGAAAGUGUGUGUGAGGCAGGGUGUGUACUGCAGCCUCAUCAAGUGUCCUUAAUUUCUUGUAAUACUUGAAAAGUUGGGUGUACAGUAUUACAUGUAGGCAAUAGGAUCUCUCCCAGUGGAAGUCAUGUGAGAAACCAUGAAUGGGAAAAUAUUUCUUUUACAAAAUUGUUUUAAUGUUAAUGAACAAUACAUGACAAGGGGGCAGCAAAGGCUCCUCAUAAUUUAUUAAAUAAAUUCUACCACAGUACAUUUAUUUCUAGGACCAAGAGGAUUGAUAAAGUAAAAAAAAAAAAACCUAGAGGAAGUAUAUGUAAGCAGAAUUAGUAUUUUCAAAUCUCUUCAUCCAAGAUGAUGUAAAUGAAUUUACCUCUCCUCUCCAAUACAUUUCACUUAUAGCACUUAAUCACACUCUUUUAUUGAGUUCCCUGAAUAAAGGUGAGCAGUACAUAGUGUAAUAUGGUUAGCUAAUGUGGUCAUCACUUUGUAUGGGGCCACCAAAUUAGCAGAUAUAAGCUCCUAGUAAAUCGGAGCUGGUCAGAUUGACAUAUUGGUCAUCAUAUGACCGCCAGUGGUUGUCGGAGACCAUCAAUCCAAUACAAAAUGACAGGUGCUAACACCCAUGCCACCCAUAUGUUAGAUCUGUACGCACAUAAUUGGAUAAUUCAACCAGUAGACUGAACAGCUCACAAAGGAAUAUGCCCGUAUGUAGCAGCUUUUAGAGUGGCUUAUUGAAUCACAGUUAAGAUAACACUAUUUUAAUAACUAUCAGUAAUUGUUUUUGUGGCAUAUCAGUGACCUGGAAUCAAUGGGCCAAACAACAGAUGAGAUGAGAGACAUAACAUGGAUCCUAGUGGGAAAGUAGCCCAGUUACUUAUGAACGAAAAAAAGCUUUACAUGAACCAUCAAUACUAUGCACUAGUACAGGACCUAAAAACUUUCUUUAUUUAUUUUUGCAUCAUAUUCUUUCACAUGUGUGUUACUCCUAAACCAUCACAGUUGUGUUACAUGUAAAGUAUCUGACA